UUUUUUUUUGUCUUGUCCGGAUAUUGGGAAUCGGGUCGGAGGGUUGGAAUCAAACCGCAGGAGACAAAUCUCCUAUUGAGGCAAUCAACCCUGAUAAAUCAGUAAAGUCUUCUCAGUGGUGUAGGGAGUUCUUGGUUGAAAAGGGCACGAGUCCUCUUUUCCCAAGAUCUUACUGGUCUGUUCUUCAAGAAUUUUUUUUCCUAAAAGUUAUUGCAAAUCAAACGCAAAAGGGGAAAAAAAAAAUCGCAUAAAGUGCACUGAUACCCAGUGAUUGCAUCAAUAAAAAAUUAAUCACUCUCCUUUCAGCCUAUUUAUCUUUUCAUAUUUUCCCACUCACAUCACAUCGCAUCUUUUCUUCUUUUCACACACAUUCUAUCAACAUAUAUCAAUAUGGAUUUUUAUGCAGAAGCAUACGGACGUGACGCUCGAUCAGAGUCUCCUCUUCCUAAAAAUUCAUCUCAUUUCCCACAUGAGGGUGUUUGCCAAGGAUAUGGCUCUGAAGCCAACGCUCAUUUGCGUCGAGCAUCCUCAGGUCUCGAAAAGGAUAUGGGACGUCAUCUUCAUGGCUCUGGUCAUGGUGACAGCCACAGCAACACAAAGAAUUAUGAACAAUACCGCAGCAGCGGUUUGCCUGCAUCCGGCAAGGGAAACGAAGGCUUCUAUUUUUCACUGGGUGCGACACCCACAGAACGUUCACAUCAGUCACACCAAGCACACCAUGGAACAGACCCUGCAAAGAUUCCAAGCGCAGAUACGAGUGCAAAUCCGACUGCAAAUAUGAAUCCAAGUGCGAAUACGGAUGCUGAUGUCCCAACUAAACCUUCGUAUAACCGAAAGACAUCUGUCUCGAAUCCUUGUCUAUUGCACCAUACCAAUACUAAUGGCAGUGGCACUGUUCGAUCACCUGCCAUGCCUCGCUCUCUGAGUUCGUCCCAGUUUUCUGAUGAUGAAAAGAUGAACACUGGAUCGUCGUGAACUUUCCACUGAAGAGUCGAGAAUUUUUAGUAUGAUCUGAAUGAUUCAAUAGUUUUUUGUGAUAUACUUCCUUGUCAAUACCAUGAAUAAAGUUACAAGAGAUG